AUGAGCGCGAGCCUGAGUGAGCAGUAUGAGGAGAAGGUGCGCCCGUACAUCAACCUGAUCGACUCUCUGCGCGCGUUCGGUGUGGAGAAGGACCUCGCGCUUCCAGCCAUCGCCGUGAUCGGAGACCAGAGCUCGGGGAAGAGCUCGGUGAUGGAGGCGCUGUCCGGAGUCCCUCUGCCCCGCGGGAAUGAUUGUGGGAAGAGUUUUGCUAAAAGUCAUCAUCUCAAAGAUCACAAGCGCAUUCACACAGGAGAGAAGCCAUUUGACUGUUCCCAGUGUGGGAAGAGUUUUACUGUUCAGAGUACUGUUCAACGAUAUGAGCGCAUCGACACGGGAGAAACCCCUUGGGAGUGCUCAGAUUGUGGGAAGAGUUUUUCUAAAAGUUAUCAUCUCAAAUAUCACAAGCGCAUCCACACAGGAGAGAAGCCAUUUGAAUGUUCCCAGUGUGGGAAGAGUUUUACAUGUCAGAAUCAUCUCCAACGACAUGAGCGCAUUCACACAAGGGAGAAGCCGUAUCACUGUGGACAAUGUGGGAAGAGUUUUAGUUGCCAGAGUAAUCUCCAACGACAUGAGCGUAUUCACACUGGACAGAAGCCGUAUCGCUGUGGACAGUGUGGGAAGAGUUUUACCCAACUAUGUGAUCUCCAACGACAUGAGCGUAUCCACACAGGAGAGAAGCCAUAUCCCUGUGGACAGUGUGGGAAGAGUUUUACUGUUCAGAGUCAUCUCAAACAACAUGAGCGCAUCCAUACAGGGGAUAAUCCGUAUCACUGCUCCCACUGUGGGAGAAGUUUUCGUUACUAGAGGACCCUCCACAGCCACCAGCAGAGUCAUACAGGACAGAAGCUGUACCUCUGCAGACAAUGCGCGUGGAGCUAUUCUCAUUCAAGUCAUUAAUGACACACAAGUGCUCUAACAGAAAGCCAUGAGAGUUAGCCACGUGAAUUUGUCAAAUUUAGAUACAUGUUUUAAAUUUCCAUUCUUUAAAGGGAGCUAAAGCGACAUUCAGGCAUUAAACUGUAAUAUUAUAUUAUUUGUCAUGGACUGUAGUAUUUGUUGCAUGAGAUUUUAUUGCUUACUCUCUGGAUUUUAGCAAAAUUUAUGAUUUUAUGUUGUUUUCCUGUUUUUCCCCCCAAACACUUCAAUACCAAGCAUGGAAUACACAUAUUUAACCAGUGGGAAUGCCCACUUUAAUCGACCAAUCCAGACCUCUGAGUGAGACACAAAACUCUGAUUCUCCUGCUAACAUAA